UGUGCUGCGGAGUAAAACAUAAUCAUGGCCAAAGUAAUGAAAGUGUUUCACACCCUAAGAAAUCAUUGGAAGAAAACUACUGUUGGGGCCUGCCUGCUUGCCUGGGGAGGAAACUGGUUGUAUGGAAAACACUGUGAUAACCUGCUAAGGAGAGCUGCAUGCCAAGAAGCCCAGGUGUUUGGCAACCAGAUUAUUCCUUCCAGUGUGCAGAUAAAGAAAGCAACAGUAUUUCUCAACCCUGCAGCUUGUAAAGGCAAAGCCAGGAAUCUCUUUGAAAAGAAUGCAGCCCCGAUUCUCCACUUGUCUGGUUUGGAUGUGACUGUGGUGAAGACAGAUUAUGAAGGGCAAGCAAAGAAGUUGCUGGAGCUGAUGGAACACACAGACAUGAUCAUUAUUGCCGGAGGGGACGGAACUCUACAAGAGGUCAUAACUGGACUUCUCCGAAGGGCAGAUGAGGCAGCUUUCAGUAAGAUUCCUAUUGGAUUCAUUCCCCUAGGAAAGACCAGCACCUUAAGUCACACACUUUAUCCCGAGGGUGUAAACCAAGUCCAGUGUAUCACUGAUGCCACAUUGUCCAUACUUAGAGGGGAGACAGUUCCACUUGACGUAUUGCAGAUCAAGGGGAACAAAGACCAGCCUGUGUUUGCUGUAACUGGUUUGAGAUGGGGGUCUUACAGAGACGCCGGAGCAAAAGUCAGCAAGUACUGGUAUCUUGGUCCUCUGAAAAUCAAAGCAGCCCACUUCUUUAAUACAUUCAAGGAGUGGCCUCAGAAACAUCUUGCCUCCCUUACCUAUUUGGACCCAACUCCAAGACCUCCCGAGGAGCCAGAACAGAAGACGUCUAGACCACCUUUAUAUGUUAGGCUUUACAAGAGGCUGGCACAUUAUUGGGCACCUGUCCCCACAGAAAUCCCCAUGGAGGUGACCCCGGAGGCCUGGCAAGAAAUGCAGCUGUCUGCCAUUGAAUUAUCUAUCACUACUCAGAACAGAUACCUUGACUUGAAACGAACAGAGGACUUCAUGAAUAUUUGUAUUGAACCAGAUACAAUUAGUAAGGGGGACUACAUAAAAAGAGGAAGUCAAAAGAUGCAGGAACCCCACUUGUGUCCGGAAGGAAGCCAGUGCCUUCAGGCGAGUAGGUGUAUCUUGCAGCUUCCAGAGGAUACAGAAGGCUCUUUGGCUAUAGACAGCGAAGAGUAUGAAGCCAUGCCAGUGGAGGUGAAGCUGUUGCCCAGGAAGCUCCAGUUCUUCUGUGAUGCUGCAAAGAAAGAGCAAAUGCUUCAAAGUGCAUCCUAAUCGAGGCAGGGGUCAGCUGCACCACCUGUUGCCAGUCUGGUACUUACAUUCAGAUGAACUGCAGGCGUGACCGGUGUCAAAGGAGGCACAUGCAAAAAGGUCUCUGAAAAAGGAAUUAAUUUGGCAGCAUCACUGACGGAACCCUUCAAUUAACUGAAGACUGUAGGCUCUUCCACAACUACAAUGAAAGCCUUUGUUUUGCAAAUUGA